AUGACAGCAGUUGCACAAUUGACAACCAGUUUAGAAACAGAUAAUGACAAAACAUACGAGUAUGACACUCGACAGCCACUCCAAGGCGGCUUGAGUGAUAAGGACGUCAAUUUCGAAAGUGUCGAGCAUGUGGCAGGCAGCAAAAACACCAAACAAACGGACAGCAGUGUAGAUGGUGCUGACAAAGAUUACCAAGACGAUGAUGAUGACAACCAAGAUAGACAUGAUGACGAUGAUAGUGAUGGGAAUGCGUUCAUCGAUGCCGUCGAAUUCGUGACCAGUGAUUAUGUAACGGAGAAUGACAGCAAAUAUCGUAAAGCAGCAAAGCCAGUCAAUUUGGAUGGCAUUCGUGACGGCAUUCAUGUAGCUAACGGAGCUGAUGAAGUGUUGGGUGUUGACAAUAUGCUGCAAUACAAGCUUACCAAAGCGGAAGCUGACGCUGUUGAAGCCCAGGAAAAUAAAGAAAACUACAAUGUGGAGCUGUUGAAAACCGAGACAGAAUCAACAAAAUUGAAAAAUGCCAGCGGUGGAGACGGUAACGCAAAUAACGAUGCUUCCCAAGAUGACGACCGCGAUGAUGGCGAUGGCGAUGACGGCAAAGGCGAAAGUGACGAUGCCAGUGAAGAGGACGAGGAAUUGGCGGUUGAUAGUGGUAUAACUGCUGGUGCCGAAGCGGAAGAUUUCUCCGCUGAUCGGAUGAUUGCUGUCGCAGAUGUCACUAAACCGAACCGAAUGUUGACGACGUCAAAGGGACGCAGAGCGCUGCAUUUCGCUGGCACGGCUACAUAA